GCCCUAGCGGGAGGAGCGGGAGUUAGGCCGCAGUACCAUCUGUGCGACCGCAGGCGAGCGCACGAGCUGAGACCCGGCUAUGUAGCUACGCGGCCGCAAGCGAGCGCACGAGUUGAGCCUCCGCUUUUGCAGCUGUUAUGACGUCAUAUGGUAGCCAAGCGGCCGCGCGCGGCGCAGCAAGGAAGAGCGUGGUUGUGCGGCUAGUAUGCUUCGCAUAAAAAGAGAUGAAGAUGAGAAAGGCCACAAGGCCCGAGAACGCGAGCUCGAGCCCAGUGAAGAAGAACGUGGAACCGCGCGUAGUGCUCGUAUCGGUUGGGCGCUACUUCUCUACUGCAGAAGCCUCCGAGAAAACCUUCCGAUAUGGACCUGAAGCAGUUACGCAGGAAGUCAAAGGCGUUCCAAACGCUCCGAAGACGCUCGGAAGACAAGAGCAAGCGAACGGAGCCGUCGCGGCACCGCUGUGGGCGCCGCAAAAGCGUAGCGGCGUCCAAGCCAGCCCCGCCUGCGCCUCCACGCCGCUGCCGGGAAAGAUGUCGGGUCGCCGACCCAUCCCGGCAAGCUCUCCGGCGGAGUUUCCAGUCCACCCUCCCGUCAAGAAUUCCCGCCUGCGCAACUUGACCGUCGCCGUGGUCGCCUUGGCGAUCAUAUUCGCGACCGCCAGCCUGGUGACGCUGGCUCUUUGGCCGCGAAGCGCCAAGAGCUCGCCGACGUCCUGCGACACCCCGGGUUGCCAGGCCUUUGCCAACGCCUACGCGAAGAGCAUCCGGCGCGACGUACCUCACUGCACAGAGUUCGCCGAGUUUGUUUGCGCAGGUCUCGCCGGCGAGAACGUGGAGUCCGUCCGGCGGGAGGCUUACGAGGCGUUCCGCAACGACCUGGUGCUCCCCGCGCACAACGCGUCCCCCCUGUCGUACUUGGUGCUCAGCCGCGCGACACUAUAUUCAUUCAAAGAGCUAAUGCGAUAGAUCGCGUGAAGCUGCGCUGGUGGGGCUGGUGCUCCCACCAGAACCAACACUUGCAGCUUAACUGUGCAUACAGUCGGUUUUGGAUGGUCAGUUAAUCAGCUGGCGAGUGGUCGAAAUGGUGUCACCAAGCGCUGCCAGAUACAAAUCUGAGAACAGUUCUUUUAUUCACAAACCUUUUAUUGAGAACCUUUUACUUUCAAAAAACAGUGAACGGAAGCGUGCGACACUUCGACUUCGAAAAAGAACACAAUUGUGCACACAACACGGAGUCACAACACCAAGAGGCGCCCGCCACUAUGCCAUAUAACUUAUUUAUUCUUGUGAAAGGCUGACAUUUUGAGGAAAGAGGAAGUGUCUACGAAUUCUGGCGCAGCGGUAGAGAUGUGUCAAGCAUUCAAAAGUUAGAUAGGAUUGCGUUUUUUCCGUAUGCUUACUGAAGAAAACACGUUCCACGUCAUAGCCUUCGCUAGUGUCUACUCCCGCACAAGGGAUGUGACCCAAUGUGUGCUCGCGGAGCCACCUGUUCCAGUCAUUCUGCUGUUAGCGGACAUAGGGUAACUUGUGAUGCAAAAUUCCUCGUAACUACGAGCACUAAAAUAAAUGUCCCGCACACAGAUGUUCAAAUCAUAAGAAAAGUGUUGCUUGUUACGCUUCGUUCUGGUAAAACAAGAAGCAAGUGAACGUUUCCUAACUGACAGAUGUCUUUGGAAAAUAUGUGUAAAUGUUGCCGCCACUUUCGCGUUGCCUAAGAUAUGAGGAUGCUAGUGUAGGAUUAAAAUGUUCAGCGUAUACUCAACGGCACCAUGCAAAUACCACUUGCUGCGCUCGCCUGCUGGUGAGAUGAAACACUUGAAAUUUGUGCACGCGAUUCACGUGCAAGAUACCCAAGAUACAUGAUGCAAGAUACCCGCUAUCUGGAUAUCUCUAUUGUUCGCAGGCAGAAGAACAUCAUACUGGUGGGAGAUUUUAAUUCUCAUCAUGUGUCGUGAGGUUUCCGAACGGACACUUGUGGAAAACGCUUGUGGGACUGGGUCUCAACGAAUAAUUUCUUUUGCCUGAAUUCGAGAGCACAUACUUUCGUACGGGGUCAGUCGCGAUCUGCCCUAGAUCUUGCGUUCGCUACCUCGAGCAUGUUUGUCACCUCCUGGAAGACUGUAGACCCCGGAACUAACAGCGAUUACCUCCAUAAAGUUUUUGAACUGCUUGCCCAAUUGACUAGUUUACAUAGUAAUAUGCGCACUUUUGUUAAUUAUGAAAAUUUUUAAAUGCGUAAAAAUCUGCUUUACACACUCAGGAGGGCAUGGAGAUGGAUAUUAAAGCAAUGAGCCUAUGUUCAAUUCUAAAACAGUCAUCAAAAAAAGCUCAGUUUAUUGUGCAAUCUACUAAGGGUGGAUCAUAUUCUCCCUGGUGGAAUUCGGACUGCGAGCGAGAUUUUAGAUGUAGAAAAGCUGCGUGGAAAAAGCUUUUAUACAACCAAAGUCCUAUUAAUUGGGCUGCUUAUACGUAUAUAGCUACCACAUUUAAACGAACAGUCUCAAAGGCUAAGGAGGAUUAUGAUUCCAAGCACUACACAUACCUUUCGAAAUCUUGCAAUAAAAAGGCCCUGUGUAAAUUUCUUCGAUCUCGUAAAGUUAUACCGGCGCCCGUGAAUGUCG